AUGAGGCGGGCGAUACUCUUCUCUCUACCUGUGCUAACGGAGGAAGAGGGGAACAGACGGAGGGACGGGAUGAAGGAAUGCACGGCAGGAAAACGGGAAUAUGGAGGAGAGAGGUUUGUCCGCAUCUCUCUGGAGGAGAUGGAGAGCUACUACAGAUGCUCCCAGUGCUGCCAGCUGCUGCACAAUGACAUCGUGCACAGAGAGGAUGGUCCUCUGUGUGCUGCAGAAAUCGGCUCUGAACUCCAGAAACAGUUCGCCAUCCUGCCAGGGGGCCGCGGGAUGAACGGCAACCCCAUCAUCUUCUUCCCAGAAUACCCCGAUUUCAGCGAGCUGGAGGAGGAGGAGGUCCAGAAUGUCCUCAGCUACCUCAGCAGCAUCCCCAGCGUUGCAGCAUCAGGAGUGGGUUUCAUCCUGGUCAUCGACAGACGACUGGACCGAUGGGCCGCCGUCAGGGCCACCCUGCACCGCAUCGCAGGUUCAUUUCCAGGGAACUUACACUUGGUUCUGGUGUUGCGUCCCACUACUCUGCUCCAGCGAACUCUGUCAGACUUCCUGUUCAAGUACAACAAGGAUGAGUUCAAAAUGAAGGUGGUGAUGCUGAGUUCGGUGACUGAGCUCCACGCUUAUAUCGACCCGGGACAACUGACCACAGACUUGGGCGGCACGCAGGAAUACUGCCAUGACAGCUGGAUCUCUCACCGCACUGCGAUCGAAGCCUUCGCCCUCAUGGUGAAGACCACGGCUCAGACCUUGCAGGCGUUCGGCACCGAGCUGGCAGAGACAGAAUUACCCAACGAUGCCGAGGCCACCACCAACCUGCUGCACACACACACUCUGAAGAAGGAGAGAAUGAAGGAGGACCUACAGGUGGCGCUGUCUCAGGGCGGCCGGCUGUUGGAGUGCAUCAACGAGCCUCUGCAGACGGACCCUGACUACAGCAUGACCUACGAUGAACUGGAAAACUUAGCUACAGUACAGAGACUCCUCGGUCAGCUGGACGAAACAGAAACGGCAUUUGAUGACUUCUGGGAGCGUCACCGCACCAAACUGGAGCAGUGUUUGCAGCUCCGCCACUUUGAACACCACUUCCGUGAAGUGCGUGCCCAGCUUGACGUGACAUCAGAGCGGCUGUCUGGUUUCUCUGAGGUCAGCGUAAGCCCCGCCCACGCCGAGCACGUCCUCCGAGAGCUCGGCAGCCACGAGGACAAGGCCUGUGACGCACUGGACCGGGCCCUGUCUCUGGCCACUGAAGGUGACAGACUGAUAGAGAACUCCCACUACGCCGAGGACUCCAUCAGGCCGAAGUGUGGCGAGCUGAGAGGAGUGUGUGAGGAGAUCAGCUCCACUCUGAGGAGCAAGAAGAGCCUCCUGCUCAGGGCCAUGGAGCUGCACCACGCUCUGGAGAAGGCGUCACGGUGGUGUGAGGAGGGCAUCUUCCUGCUGGCCAGCCAGCCGGUGGACCGCUGUCAGUCUCAGGACGGAGCCGAAGCAGCUCUGCAGGAGCUGGAGCGAUACCUGGACACGGCGCCGCUGCACACGCUCACUGACCGCAGCGCCAUCUGCUGCCAGUACGAGGCGGUGCUCACCACUCAGCUCAGGGACCAGGUGGAGAAAGUUUUCCAGAAGCAAAGCUCCGUCCAGGAGAUGUUCGAGAAGAGACGCGUCAGCCUGAAGAAACUCGCCGCCAAACAGACCAGACCAGUCCAACCAGUGGCACCGAGACCUGAAGUGAAGUCUCCUCUCUCCUCUCCCAAUCAGCAAAGAAAAGAGAGAAGAUACUCAGCAGAUAAUGCCAUCUGCAAAAAGGUGGAGUCUCCCAUACAUAACGGGGGCACGAGGCAUGCUUCUCUCUCAGAAGAAGAGGAAAACCUGGCAGUACUUCGGCGCCACGUGAUGAAUGAGCUGCUGGAGACGGAGAGAGCGUAUGUGGAGGAGCUGCUGUGUGUGCUGGAGGGCUAUGCAGCGGAGAUGGACAACCCUGCCAUGGCUCACCUCAUCCCCAGCACCCUGCUGAGCAAGAAGGUCGUCUUGUUUGGCAACAUGUCUGAAAUCUACCAGUUUCACAAGAGGACGUUCCUGAAGGAGCUGGAAGCCUACACUGACUGCCCAGAACUAGUGGGCCGCUGCUUUUUAGAGAGGAUGAAGGACCUACAGAUCUACGAGGCGUACUGCCAGAACAAACCUCGCUCUGAGAGCUUGUGGAGACAGUGCUCCGACUGUGCCUUCUUCCAGGAGUGCCAGAAGAAGCUGGAACAUAAACUUGGUUUGGACUCCUACCUCCUUAAACCUGUCCAGAGAAUCACCAAGUACCAGCUUCUGCUUAAGGAGUUGUUGAAGUACAGUAAAGGCUGCGAUGGCUGCGAUGACCUCCAGGAGGCUCUCUCCUCCAUCCUGGGGAUCCUGAAGGCUGUGAACGACUCCAUGCACCUCAUCGCCAUCACAGGAUACGAGGGUAAUCUGUCGGAGCUGGGUCGCCUGAUGAUGCAGGGCUCCUUCAGCGUGUGGACGGAGCAUAAAAAAGGUCACGCCAAGGUGAAGGACCUGGCGCGGUUCAAGCCCAUGCAGAGGCACCUGUUCCUGCACGAGAAGGCCCUGCUCUUCUGUAAGAGGAGAGAGGAGAACGGGGAGGGCUACGAGAAAGCUCCGUCCUACAGCUUCAAACACUCCCUCAGUAUGAGUGCGGUGGGAAUCACAGAGAACGCUAAAGGAGACAACAAGAAGUUUGAGAUUUGGUGCAACUCCAGAGACGAAGUGUUCAUCGUGCAGGCUCCGACUCCAGAGAUUAAAACCUCCUGGGUGAACGAGAUCCGCAAAGUUCUGACCCAGCAGCUCCAGGCCUGCAGAGAAGCCAGUCAGCAGAAGAGCUCCGACCCUGUUUCCCCGAGUCCCACCAGCAACAACUCCUCCAUCUCCCUCAGUCCAUUUCGUAGCAGCGGUCAGAAAAACCAAAAGAAGCAGGAGGAGAAGAAGGCGGAGGCGAGCACGAUGUCUGACUCCUCUUCUUCACCCAAACACAAAGAUGAACCGGUGACCAGUCCGACCACUGACAGGUCUUCAGUGGCUAAAAAGCGUUUUACUUUGCAGGGCUUCAGCAAUCUUAAGAGUCCGAAAGGCUCGGCCCUGAGCCCCGAGCACGCCUCCAAACGCCACUUGGUCAAGAGUGACCCAACACCGUUUGGGUUCAAAGGCUGGAACAAGGCGUCUCUGUCUGUGGACGCCUCGGAGGAGAACGACGGCUACUCCAGCGGCGAGGACCCCAUCACCUCCGACCCCGAGGACGAAGUAGGAAGGAAGCUGGCUCCUGGAAAGUAUACGGUGGUUGCAGACUGCGAGAAGGCGGGACCUCAGGAGCUGUCUGUCAAGAGCGGAGACGUGGUCCAGCUAAUCAGAGAAGGAGAGGAGGGACAGUGGUUUGUGAAGAACCUGCGCAGCAGUAAGGAGGGCUGGGUGGCAGCAGCAAACCUCCUCAGUCUCAUCUCAGAGUCCAAGUCGUCCCAGUCGCUCAGCAGCUCAGAUGGCAGCGUCUCUGGCAACCUCAGCACUUCUUCCAGCUGCAGCGAGACAUACACCAGCUUCUCCGACAUCAAACCCUGAGCUGCGACCGAGGCUCCGCCCGGCUCCCUGUGGGAUUACAAAAACCUGAAGCUGCCCCUGACAGGAGGACAAAGAGUUUCAUCACACGGACACAGUUUGUUGGAUCCAACCAAAAAUCAGCGAAUGUUACCACCUGUCAUUUUAGAUUCUUCUUACCUUCAAAGUAUUUUCACAGCUCAUUCCAAUGGCAGAAAAUCACACAAUCAGGGAAAAAACAGUUCCUCAACAUACAUGUUGGUAUCACUCCCUGUCUUCAAAGAUCACAAUCUCUGUAAACUACACAGACAUGACGUACAUAUUUAAUGAUUAUGUAGCAUAAGUAGGCACUUAAUGGUGAACUUUCAGGGCUGAACCCGACAUCACAGCCUAGCGACAGAUUCUUGUGUGAGACAUCUACAGGUAUAGAUGCUAUCAGACUGGUAUUUCACAUGAUGCAUUAAUCGUUCACUGUGAAAACUGGCAGCUGGCUGCAACAAGAAGAAAUGCUUUUGGUGGAGCAUCUCGGAGCGGGUCGCCUUUCUGUGAGGGUGAAAGUGUGUCGAGUCUCUGUCGUGUCUGGCGGGCCAGUGGUGUUAAUGAAUGCUGUGUGUUGUGAGCUAGAGCUUCCCUAUAAGAAACACCAGGCGAAUGUCACCAACAGCGCUACCUGGUGGUCAGAUGUCAUGCACUUCUCCAGCUACACAAACAAAUCACUUAUAAGAGUGGCAGCUUGGAUCAACUUUUUAACCUCUUUUUUUUUUUUUUUUUUCUUCCAAGAGUGAUUGUCUGACUCUUCAGCUCUGGAUUUACCUCUCAGGAAGACUUUGCGUGGACAGGCAGGUGUGACUGCAUACCUGCUGCUGUCGACUGCAUGUCUUUGUGUAUGUGUGUGUGUGUGUGUGUGUGUGAGAGUGUGUGUGUGUGCAUUCUUUCAUAUGUGUGUACUUCAGAACAAAGCCAACUAGUGUAUGUCACCCCCAGUGAGUCACACACAAGGUCCUGUUAAGGGAUCAGGUCAUGCUGGAUUAAUUUGUAGUCAAGUUAAUUGAUAAGCAUCAGUUUAAAGGGGCAGUUCACUCCAGAAUCCAAAACAUAUUUCCUCUUUCCUAUAGAGCUGUUUAACAAUGGAGAUUAUUUUGGUGUGUGGUGCUGAGAAACAAACAGGAAUAUUUGCAUACAGCAAUGUCUCUUCAAAAAUCUAAGUUUUAAUGUAGGAACUAUUUUAUUUCUACAACCAUAUCACCACAUCAACAUUCUGCAAAUGCACAGGAAAAUGCAUUAAUAACCUAUUUUUUUGAGCUGGAAUAAAAAUAGACCAAUUUUUCACCACUCUUCAAAUGCACCCAGAGAGCUACUUCCUCAAACAUUAAACUUUAAAUAAUAUUUAGCAUUAAUAUACAUUACACAAACACUGUAUUACAUUGUCAGCCAAUUCUAUAAAUGAUUACUGGGAAAAUAAAGAAUGAAUGGAAAUGAAAUAAAUCGCUAAAUAAACAUCAUUACUGUUUAGUUUCAGUCAAUUGCUGACUGUUUAAAACAGCUUUCAAUUUACUUUGUUGUUUAAAAACAAUAAAAUAAAUUGAAAGCUGACACUAAACAACAUUUUCUGCAUUAUAUAUUAUGUAAAAAAAGUUUUCAUAAUUGCACAGCAUAUACAGUCAUGGAAAAAAUGAUUAGACCACCCUUGUUUUCUUCAAUUUCUUGUUCAUUUAAAUGCCUGGUACAACUAAAGGUACAUUUGUUGGACAAAUAUAAUGAUGACAACAAAAACAGCUGAUAAGAGUUUAAUUUAAGAGCUGAUAUCUAGACAUUUUCCAUGGUUUUAUUGAUAAGGAUUUUGUUUAUUAUCAAGAAAACUAUAGAAUAUAUCUAUCAGCUCUUGAAUUACAUCAUUAAACCAAUAUCUGUCGGGCUCUACAAUCUACACUGAUAAAUAAAAAAAAUAUUUAGAUUUUGUGGUGAACUGUCCCUUUAAGAACCAGACGAACUCAUAAAUGUCAAUACUCUCUGCACAUAAAUCCAGUUUUUGUGUCAUGGCCGCUGUGCUCACCUAUCUUUGGUUUGCAGCGCAGCAACAAAAGCCGGCUUUGUCCCCUCCCUCUGCUCCCAGCCCCACUCAGGCAUGUGACAGCAGCCACUUCUCUACAAGCAGGGCCCAGACCUUUCUCAACACGUCUGCACCGCCCGCCCCGCGUCACUGUUUGUUUACUUACCGUGAUGUAGCCGAGUAAUCGAGGCAAAUGACAAAAAGAUUCUGACUUUUUCGUGGGCAACAUCAGCUGCUGUGACACGCACACACACACACACACACACACACACACAAGGAACCUGUGCUACUCUGAACACUGAAUGAUUUUUCUUACCUUGUUUAUUGAGGAUGUUUUUAUACCCCAGAUUUCUACUAUACCCUCACUGUAAAACAAUCUCCUUUAUUUCCAUCUUUAAUGUUGACUCUGCUAUCCAGACAGCAUGCUGUUACACUCACCUGUUUAACACCACUGUGGUUUUGUUAAAUUCGGCCUCUUGUAAUUUGUUAUCUCGAGCUCUUUUUCGCUGAGAAAACCGCUUUUAUACGCAAAUCACAACACGCGUGUCGUCCCUGUGAAAGGAAAGACUCUUCUGCAGAAAAAAAGGAAGGCCUUUCUGUGUCAAACUGUGAGCUAAACCAGAGCGUAAACUGUGGCUGGCAUUAUGUGUCGAUCUGUGUAAGUUCUGUAAGACUGAGAAAUGUAUGUUACACUUGUACAGAUGUACGUUCUUUUCCUCCAGAGCAUGUGCAUUGUGAAGAGGAUCAUGGUUUUUGUCUCUUUGUGUCUCAUCUCUCUUUGUGGCAUGUUCUUCAUAAACCUCUCAUGUCCAAGCCCCGAACAAGGCGAGUAUUUGUAAAAAGGCACUGUUGUAUUUUGUGAGAGUUUAUUUUCUGCCCUCCUUAAAGCUGACUCGGGCACUAAACUUGUCAGUCGUGAUCACACAAUUAUUGAAUAAUUUGUACUUUUUGACUCGGGAGGUUUGGAGAGAUGAGAAGGGUUAUAUAUUUUCUUUUUAUGCAGCACAUUGCAGCAACCACUGUCUUUAUUUUCCUAUUGUAUCUACUGAGUAUGGUGUUGAUAUAAAGAUAUUAUAAUGAGACAUAUCUGUGUAUAUUUGUAAAUAUGUAAUUCUGAAUUGUAUGUAAAAUGAAAAGCAGCUUUAAUAAAGUCUGAGAUGGUUUCCUCUA